UAAAAAAUCCCGGAACAAGUCUUGUUUAUACGAAGGCUUUUAAUGUGAACAAUCGUCCUACACAAGAGGAAGUGUAAAAGUGUGGAGAUCAGCCUAAUAGGGAAAUCACUAUUAAACGUCGGGGAGGAAAGAGUGGCGAGGGGCCAGCAGAUGUAACGGUAGAGAAAUAUAGUCUAAUAUGAUGAAAAGCAACAGCAUCACCAGCGAGGAGUUGGAUAUGGAGAUUCUACAAAUUCUGGAAGAUCAGAGAUUUUAUUUGUGUAAAUAUAUGGAACCUCAGAAUUACUACGCCUAUUUACGGUCCAAGCACGUGAUGACUGCUGAGGACGAAGAGGAAAUAAAGUCUUUGAGAACUCGCAGACAGAGGGCAGAGAGAUUUCUAGACAUACUCCUCCUCAAAGGACCGACCUGCUUCAAAGCGUUAGUGGACGCGAUACUCAGAAACGGGACUCAGCCUCAUCUGGCAGCAAAACUCAACAAAGAAUACGAACGAUUUAGGAGGAUUAAUUUGAAUGAUAAGGGAGCGGAUCUGAGACAUAAUUCUGUGAGAAUAGAUUUGGACAUAGAUGUAAACUUGCUUCCAAAACCUGUUAUAUCAAAUGAAGAAAAGAAAAUUCUUUGUUGAGUGACUUCUACUUUAUAAGAAGGAAUCUACUUCGAACUUGCUGUGCAUGAUCUUAUAUUCGAAAUCAGUGACUGAAAUCUUUCAGAUCUUUAUUCCAAUAAAAUUAUACUUUCAAGAAA